AUAACUAUUAUCUUAUUACAGAAUGAUAAUAAACUAUAAAAGGAAUUUUAUGAUCUAAUAAGUUAUUAUUUAUUGUUAACAAACUUACAUCUUGGUAAAAUUAAAUUAUGAUAUCCGUUGUUAAAUACCUAAUUGAAUCACUCGAAAAAAGUAAUGUGACCAGACUAUUGCAUACCUAAUAAAGUAUUGACAAUUGACUUAUGUAAAGUACAAUACUGUAAAAAUGGCUAUUACCAUAAAUCAAUUUGAAUUUCAAAAUAAAACAUUUUAAAAAUGAUCGCUAAACUUGGAAUUGUCAGUAUUUAUGGUUUUCUGCUGGGACUGCCGAUUUUGUUUGUACUGAUACCAAAUACAUUUCCAAUAAUAUAUUAUAUAGAGAUAAAUGUACUACAUUUAUUUAUUAUAUAUGCAGUACUUACCCAUGUUUUGGUGAGGAUUAUCAACAGAGGUAUUGUUUAUAAUAUAUGUGCCCAAGCACUUCUGUUGGGCUUAACAUUGGCAGCUGGUAUAAUAGUAUGUGUUCUUGCGCCCACUUCAUGGAAGCCAUUUGGAUGGUAUGUGUGUGUUAUGGCUGUCUUUCAUUACUCAGAAUUCCUUAGCAUUGCUGUUUGUAAUCCAAAAACAUUAUCACCUUCAUCGUUUAUGUUAAAUCACAGCGUUGCAUAUGGUAUUGCCGCUUUUGCCAGUUGGAUAGAAUAUGUAUUAUGGCAUAUUUUUUUGCCAGAUUUAAAAACUUGGCAUUCAAUCAGUUACAUUGGUAUUGUAAUGUGCGUAUUUGGUGAAGUACUUCGAAAAACUGCUAUAUGGACAGCUAGACAUAAUUUUACACAUUUAGUGCAAAACGAAAAAACACAAACCCAUUCACUUGUCACCAAUGGUGUAUACUCUUGGUUUAGACAUCCCAGCUAUGUGGGAUGGUUCUAUUGGAGUAUAGGAACUCAAUGGAUUAUGAUAAACCCUGUGUGCAUUGUUGCAUAUGCAUUAGCUAGCUGGAAGUUCUUCAAAGAAAGGAUCUAUUAUGAAGAAAUGACUUUGUUAAACUUUUUUGGUGAAAAUUAUGUCUCAUAUCAGAAAAAAGUAGGCAUUGGCCUACCUUUUAUCAGAGGAUUUGAGAUUCCAAAUGAGAAAUAACUACCCAUGGUUAUUCAUUACUUUGAUUUUACAAUUAACAUAUACAUUAUUGUAUAUGUAUAUGUAAAACUAAUGGUUUUAAUUAUAAACUUGUAAUUUACAAAAAUUCAAUUGUGUGUAAAAAACAAAUUUAAUUUUAAACAAAUGAAGUAUAAAUAAUAUA